AUGUUGAUGAUUUCACGUACCGAAAAGGAGGCCAUGUCUUUGUUAAGGGAACCACCUACGCCAACGAUCUCUCAGUCGCAAGGCAACAUUGAUGAGGAUCAACCACCAAAAACUCCUAUACUCAAGAUUCAGCUGACCAAAGCAUGCAAUUUUUUCACCGUCUUGCCAUGCGAAGUCAUACGCAUGAUUUUCAAUUAUUUGACAUUUACAGACUCGCUCCAUUGUCUUUCCGCCUGCCCACAAUGGUACAACUUUAUCGUGGACGACAUCAUGGAACGUGUGCCUUUGGAUCAUUCCCUUAUGCACAAGAGCACGUGGUCAAAAUGGCCAGCGUUGUCUAUUGGUGGUCCCAUAUCAAAGGAUUACUAUGAAAUCGUUCUUGGGCUGCUGGAUAGCUCAUUUCAUUCAACAUUAUCAACGUUGGAAGCAAUAGAACUUCGAUCGCUUUGGUGCAGUAGACUCGAUUUCCCUCGGUUGCUUAAGGCGCUACAGCUCCAAACAAGAAUGUCCAUGAUAUGCUUAUAUCACGUGGAGAUAACAGCGGAGCAGUUACAAGACAUGAUUAAUACCUGCCCAAAUUUGUCACAGCUGGUCGUUCAUUCAUCGUACAUCAGAAGCAGUAGUAGCAGCAGCAAGAACAGAUAUAGAUCCCCAUCGACCCCACUCAAAAGUCACCAUACUGCCAAAUUUUCACUCUAUCCACGGAGAACUACCACCACCAACAAUGACAACAACAACAACAACCAACCACGCAUCAUAACGUAUAACACCUUGUUUCCUAAACUCACCUACCUUGAACUAUCAGGGUGCACCAUUAUCGAUCAAACCGUCAACGUUAUCGCUGAGAGCAUCAUACGUUGUUCUUGCAAUUUGGAGCAUCUUGUUGUGGAAGGAUGUGAAGGUCCCAUUUCUCUUGUGCCCAUAUUUGAUGCAGCUGUCAAAUCGAGCAAAAGGUUAAAAACAUUCAAAGCAAACUUCCUGCCGCCAUCGCCUUCUUGUAUUAAUCCUCCUUAUCAUCAUCGUUAUCGUUAA